AUGUCCAGGACACUCCGCUCCGCCGCGCUCGUCGCGCAGAGCCUCGCGGGCCCGUCGCGCCCCAUGCUCCGUCCCCGUAUCGCUGCUCCGGUCUUUGUCGCUCCGGCCCAGACCCGUUCCCUGUUCGGCCUGCCCGACGUCGGCCUGCCCAAGAGCUGGCGCAAGGCCAUGCGCCGCGACAAUGCCGACGAUGUCAAGGAGACUGAGGAGGUCAAGGAGGUGGACCCUGCCGAGGUGUCCAAGGGUGGUCUCUUCGACGAGGUCAUUGAGGAGGCCGCCGAGGUUGCCAGGUCGCGCAAGAUCUCGCACGAGCACAGGUACAAGUCGGGCCAGCACAAGAUGUCGCACCGCAAGCUCAACGACAUUUCGAGGCAAGUCGCCGGCCUGCCCGUCGACGAGGCCAUCGUCCAGCUCGUGCACGGCAGCAAGCGCGCGGGCCGCACGUGGGUCAAGUCGACGCUCGCCCUCGCCCGCGACCACGCCGAGGCCAAGGGCCUGCGACGCGACCGCCUCGUCGUCGCCGAGACGUUUGUGUCCAAGGGCCCCAAGGUCGCCCGUGUGGACAUUAAGGGUCGCGGCCGUCUCGGUAUCAAGCACCACCCCACCGCCCGUAUCCACUUUGUCCUCCGUGAGGGCAAGACGUACGAGGAAAAGCUCGCGGCCGAGCGUAAGAAGGUCCUCAACAAGGUCCGCUCGGCCGGUAUCGUCCGUGAGGAUGGCAAGAUCCGCCGCAAGUUUGUCAGCGGCUGGGCUUGGUAG